GUGACUUUAUGCCGGUACAGUAAGAAAACGUGGUCAUUUGCUAUCACGUUAGCCGUCAAGUAUGCAGCGACUGGAAGUUGCAGUGUGUAUGUUUUUGUUGGUGUUUCCAGGAUCACUGCAGGCUCUGCAAGGUGAAGAAGGGCAAAAACUGCGAGUUUUGGAACGAAAGUUGUUUGAGAUGAUACAAGCUGAAUAUCCGGAAUUUUCUGAGUCGACAGGACUGACCGGAAAUGACGGGAGGGCAGAGUCCUUCACAUUCCAAGCAUUUGAAAGGCGGAAAAAUCAGAAUUUAGAGCUGUUGAACCAGAUUAAUACCAUCAACAAAAAACUACUCACUCAUAAUGAACUGCAAGAUUUAAAAAUCUUACGCAACCACGUGCAGACGUAUGUGGAAGGCUAUAGAUUCAGAGAAUGGGGAAAUUUGAAUCCUAUAAAUUUUCUUGAGGCACCUUUGAAACACCGCAAUUGGAUUUCGAAAUCUAUGACUUCAGAUCCCCAGAAAUAUCUUUCAAGACUUCGAGCCAUUCCACAACAAAUCAAAGAGCAGAUUCAACUUAUGAAGAGUGCCAUUCAACUAAACCGGACCAAUCACAUCAAUUCAAUGGAUGGUAUGCUGGAAAUGAUAUGGUCUGAAAUAUUUUACGUAUACAGACACCAAAGACAUGAAAAUUUCAAUGCCUCUUCGUCACAAAACUCCUCAAGCAGCCAGUUACUUGUUUGGAAUACAAGUACAGAGAACAUAGUGGAGACUCUUAAUAAAUUGGCAGAAUUUAUUGAUUCGGAAUACCUCCCGGCCAGUCGUAGGAAUAUAGGAGUUAGUUCCCUACCUGGUGGACUGGAGUAUUAUCAGGCCUGUCUGGACUACCACUUGGGAACUCGACUCUCACCACAGGAGAUUCACGAUCUAGGACAUAAUGAAAUCAAAAGAAUAGAAAAACUUAUGAAGAAGGUGAUGAGGCAAGUCGGAUUUACGGGGAAAAUAUCAGAAUUUGCCUGGUUCCUCAACAAAAAGAAUCUACAUGAAGACACAAAGUGGAACGUAUUCCAAAGUUACAGAAGAGCCAUUAACAGCGCCCGUGACUCGUUAUGGAGCUCAUUCCAGAGAAUUCCACUUACACCACUAAAAAUAGUUACUUAUAACAAUUCAAGGAUACCAGCAAGAGGCCAUUAUACCAAUAAUGUGUUUUAUAUAAAUGUACACUACGAAAAUAGGACAACCUCUAAUGUUCUUCCUCUGGCUUUUCACGAAGCUUAUCCGGGCCAUCAUUUUCAGGAAUGUUACAAAAGGCAGCAAACCCUCCCGUUAUAUCGCCGUCAUCUCCUCUUCCGCCGACGAUAUGCCAUACCCUUUACAUACCCAACUUAUGCAGCAUAUAGUGAGGGUUGGGCGCUGUAUGCAGAGCAGUUAGGGAUGGAGAUGGGAUUUUAUAAAACUCCUUUAGAAACGUUUCAGAAAUAUUUAUCAGAAAUCUUCAGAGCGUGUCGACUGGUUGUAGAUACGGGAAUCCACGCUUUUGGAUGGACGAAAGAAAAAGCUGUUGAUUUCAUGAGGAAAUACACAAACGCUCCGUAUGGAGAGGUAGCUCGAGAAGUGGACAGGUAUAUCACCUGGCCUGGACAAUCCUGUGCAUAUAAAGUAGGGGAACUGAAAAUUAGAGAACUUCGAUCCCGAGCAGAAAAUAUGUUGGGUAAAAAGUUUGACGUCAAAGAGUUUCACCACCAGAUACUGAAAACUGGACCUAUUAGCUUGGACAUUCUGGAGGAAAUCAUAAAUGACUGGAUAAUACAAAAAAUGUCCCCCAUUAUACCAGAUCCAAUGUUAUCUCCACAAUCAAUAUCAGGAGGGACUUCUGUAUUUAGCAAUUUUAUACUCAAAUCAUUGUUAUUGUUGCUUAUUGUUUCUUUAUGGACGAUGUUUUUAUGACCUUAGUGUAUAGUUAUUUUUUUACAAUUUACUUUCGCUCUAGUUUAGUCUGGACAGAGCCACUUUUUUGGGCGGAGUUAAAUUACCCACGGUGAGGCUAAAAUGUAGGUGAUAGAACUAAAAGAUAAAUCUAGAUCUUUUUACUUGUAUUAUAUAGAACAGAUCGAUAUAAAAUUUAGGUGAAUCAGAAAUAAAUGAUAACUGCAAGCCUUUCAUUCAUAUUUGAACACUAAAAAAAUACUCCGCCCAAUCAACUUAUAAAGUGCUCUGAAUUAAAAAACAAAAACAAAAACAAAAAACAAAAGAACUAAAGGAAAAUGUUUAUCUCUUAGAUAUAAUAUGUGCA